AUGGCAACCCGAGAAAAGAAGGCCCGAUCGGUGACGGCAGAUUCACCAACGCCUUCGCUUGGUAGCGCGAACAGUGGCAGCAACGGCAACAUCAGUGUCACAGCCACCACUCCCAGCACGGGUGUUGGCAGUGACUCGACACCAACGACUCCAACGUCGACCAGAAAAGCUGCCGCUGCAUCAGCGAAUGUACCAAGCACCGGUGCUAGUGGCACCGGAAGUGUGAGUAACGUCGGUGGCAGUGGAAGUAGCAGUACAUCCUCCUCGACAACACGUGGGUCACUGAGUCGGUUGAAAUCGAAACAACAGCUGCUGCAGCAAAGCUCCGGAGAAGAUGCGAUCGCAGAGGACACGAUCGCCUUCAGUUCGGAGACACUUCCAACAACUCCAUCCCGCACAACGCGUGGUGGUGGAGUAGUUGCCGCCAAGGAAGACGCGUCCCUUGCAGAGGCUCAAGUCACAAUGGGGACUGCAAAGGACAGAGAUGACGCUGAUCUGACGAAGUCUGCAGCUAGCGGUGCAGGUCGCAAAGCAGGGCCAAAGACGGCGAACACUUCCGAAACUAAGAGAAGAAUCGGUCGUCCGCCGAAAAAUCGUGUGGGAGCCCUCAAGCAUACAACUUUGCUCAAGCGUAAAGGGAAAAAAAUCAUCGGCAAGCCAAUGCUGGGCAGGAAGGCUGUCGGCAGGCGGCAAUUGGUUUUGGCCGCUAAAUCUGCUGCGAUCUCGGAGGACGUUCCUUUCGUUGCUAUUGCGCCUUUGAAAAAGGAUGUCGUUUCUCCGUCGACCGCAGCCAAAGAGAAAGAGGAGGACGCACCAACUACACCAAGUUUGCGCAAUGGAAAGCCUCGCAAUUCGGAUAGUCCUGUCGCGAAACGCAAGUCCACCGCUGGGCUUGCGCUGGCUGCCUUGAAGCAGGAUCUCAGCAAAUCCUCCGACAGUCUGGUUGCAACGGUGAAGCUGGAACGGCGACUUUCCGUGUCGAUUACCAAAUGCUUUGACGUUAUGGACGACGGAGAUCAGGCAGGGCUCGACGCCAAGCGGGACCUACUCGACUAUGACUCGCGCAACAAAAUGCUGGACAAAAUGGCCGAAGCAUUCAAUGACCGCAAAUCAACGGGCGGUGCCGCAUCUCCCGUUGUCGCAGGCUCGAAGGACGAUAAGGGCCAAGGAUCCGGAGGGGCGUUGCGACGCAGCAUGCGCCAGCGGAAGAGCACUGCCCGGGAUAAGGAGGAUUUUUUGCCUCCGCGCGGAAGGUCCGGCAUGGUCGACGUUAAGAUGGAGCCCGCAGAACUAGUCGACUCGAUGGAUUCGUCGUUGUUCGAUGGUGAUGGGGAGAACGCGGCAACUUCAGCUGUGGCAGCACCCUUGACUAUCGACACGGCGGAGCUGGAUGUUCCGAUCGAAGCGGAGCCACUGCACAGUGAUGGAACGGCUAGCAGCGUCGAGAACGGUAGCGGCAGUGUCGGUGUUAGUGUUGGAGAGGAAGAGCUGGCCGUGGGGAAAGAUCCUUCGCUAAGCCCAGGCGAGCUGAUUAGCGAGGGUGUAUCGGAGCAGAGCGUGAAGGAGUGCUACAGCGAGCCGGCCUUCAUGGAGAACAAUCUGGGUAUCGAAAAGGAUCCGAAGCUGGGGGAGAUCGUGCAGGAACGCUUCCGGUGCGACAAGGUUAGUGACGAAAGUGAUGGUGCUAACGCAGAAAAUGACGCUAGGAGCGCUAAAGGAGACUGUGGUGGUGGUGUGCUGGAAGACGUUCCCGUCACGAUUGGCGAGGAAGCAAUGUCCACUAGCAAAGCGAAGGAAAAGGAAGUGCCGACCGCGAUCGUCAGUUCAAUUGUAGAUACAGUCGAGGGAGAGAAUGAGAAGCAGGCAGUUCAGGGACAAAUCCAGGUCGCAGAUGAUGAUGAUCCCACGAUAAUGGACAUUGUAGAAAUCCAGCAGGAAGCGGCAGAAGUUGUCACGAAACCAGGUCGAAGUGAAGACGAUUAUUGCGAUGACCCAAACGAGCAAAGUGUGAUGUUGUCAGGAAAUUUAGCACAGGGCGAUGAAAUGGACACCACAGUCGUAUCGAAAAUAGGUUCCCUAAAAAAAGGUUUCGAGUUAUUGGAGGAUGAUGCAAUGAUGAUCGAUGAAAAAUCGAUCUCCGUAAAGGUGGAAGAAUCCUUCCAGGGGGAAAAACCUAUGGAGCAAAAAGACUGUUCUUUAAAUGCUGACGAUGAUGCCAACGGUUCUGUGGAUGUUCCCCAAACCGAAAUUGUCAUUGCCUCGUCCAAAACGCAAAGUGAAUGUAAUGUCGAAAAUAGAUUGACCGUUAAUUCUCCGAUCGUCGCCGAUGGCGGAGUUUCCGGCAAAACGAAUGGCGAAACCAUUGGAACUAAUAGCAACACCCAAUCAACCAGCAAUCAACACGUUUCGCGUGGGCAGCCAAAAUCGAGCAACGCUGCUGGAGGGACGGUUACAUCAAAAACGCCAAAAUCGUCAGCAUCGACUGGUUCAACCUCCGCAGGAACUCCCGGAAGCGGAAAGGAAACGAAGUCAAAAACGCGAGUCGUCAAAGAGAAAAGUAAAGAAGACGAAAAGACACGCGAAGAGAAACUGCGCCAGGAGAAGCUGCGGGUUGAGGAAAAGGUACGGGAAGAAAAGCUACGUGCCGAGCGGCAAGAGGCCGAGAUGAGACUGAAAGAGGAACUGCUGCAGCAGCAUAGAGAAGGAGGAAAGUUGUUGGAAAACGGCCUCAUAGAGGAUGUAUCUGGCAGUAGAAGCGGCGGAAGCAGUCCUGCCUCCCAGACCGAUCAGCGAGUUGCGGUUGCUGGGGAAAAGCAAAGUGUUGCCGAAAAAGAUCCCAAGACUGAAUCCAACCCCGCCGCUCCCAAGGCAAAUGUCAUUUCACUCGGGGGAUUAAAUUUGCCUGCUAUCACGAUCGCCAUCACAAAGAAAGACAGUGGUAGUGGUGCGUCGGAUGAGAAGGACGAAAACGGUGCCACAGCAGCUUCUCGCGCAUUGGUGGUUCCGAAAGUGCCGAAGGCCGAACUGGAGAUCCUGCCCAUCAAGCCGGACGGCCUGCAACUUCCGGCCGUCGUGUUGCUAUCCAAGGAGGAGAAACCCGCCAAGGAAGCCGGUGGAGGAAAUGCGCCCGCGGCUCCAACGUUAGCCGAAUCCGCCGAGUCACCACUGCGGAUCAUCUCUAAAAGCGAAAGUGCUGCGGCAGCCGUCACCGCAACGGACCGAAGGGACAGCAACAAGUCGCCGGUGGCGUCGCUGAGCAUAAUCAAAAUCGAAAGCAACAAUGGUUCGCCUACGACGACCGGAAGCACAUCGCCUCCUUCGGCUUCGAUGCAUUUGAGUGCGGUCGAAGACGCGAAACCGGUCGGAUCGGCCGUACAGUUCGACGAAUCGGAUGACGCUGCGAAACGCAAAGAAUCGCACCUCAAGCAUCUAGGUCUGCUCACCAUUCGGGCGGCGUGCGAAGAAAAGCAACGGCGUGCGGAACAGAAACCGGCCGCCUCGUCGGUGAAUGCGUGCGAUUCUUUCCCCGAAGGAUCAGUCGGUGGAGCGGCCAAUGGAGGGGACGGUUGGCUUGCCGCGGCAUCCAGCAACAGUCAAUCCGGCGGCAGUGGUGGCCGUAGCACUGGUAGCAAUAAAUCAAGCCGCAGCUCAAGGGACGAAUACACGGUUUCGAUGAAAACCGUGUUGAAGGGCGGCAACAAUUCACGUGGAGAAAAGCGCAAGCAGCAGCGCAUGCCACUGAAGAUGACCUUCCAGAAGGGCAAGGGCAAGAGCACGUCAACCGGUGGUGGGACGACGGGUCGCGAUUCCUCCAACGGGUCAGGCACGUCGUCUAGCAAUGGAUGCGGUUAUGCGACCGAUUCGGGCAACAACGGAGACACCGCGUUCUACACCGUGCACAGUAACGAGCUGGACCACCACUCGUCCAAUUCAUCUGACUCGCACCGGGAUUCGGGAGCUUCGGUGGGCCGGAAGGCGCAUAGUCGAUCACACACUACCGACGGAAUAGGUGUAGCAGAACCGGACAGCGAAAGUGUAUCCACCAAGGAGGUUUCACAGAAAUCGUUAGUCAUCCCCGAGAAAGCAUCCUCAUUUAACGUACACCCGGGGCGACUCUGUCAGGACCAGUGUUCCUACUGUGGUGGAAGAUUUGGUUUAUACGAUACGCCUUGCCACGUGGCCGCUAUGAAAUCGAAUGAGCGACAGCAAAGAAUUCUCAAUACGGUUUUACCGAAGAUUACGCUCGACAGUUGCCUUUGCGACGCUUGCUACCGUCAUGUCGAUCGUAAAGCAAAUUGUCCACCUCAGAAAAAGAAAUCGGCAAGCGUUUCUCAGUCUGGUUCAUCCGCCGGUGCGUCUGUUGCCACCACGAGCACAACAACUCAGUCGACAGUGUCGCCGUUAGUAAUUAAGAUGACCACUAAUAAGGACGGAUCGACGAGUAUUGCCACGGAGCAACCGGCGACAAUGGACGACGCACCGAACGCCGGUGGCAGGGCUCGCGAAAUCUGCGCCGUGCGGCAAUGUACCGCACACGCGCUACAAUCGCUCCGCCGCAAAUGGGUGCUGAAAAUGAAGCGCAAAAUUGGCAAGCACUUGGACAUCAAUCUCGAGCAGGCGGCUAAGACGACCGCGGAAUUCAUCUCCAUAUGUAACAAACACUACGAGCAGAUUAGCCACCUGAUGAUUUGCGCCAUCUGUACGAAACCGUUACAGAAGAACCUCGUCUACUAUAUGUACAACAAUAUUCCCACACUAGAGCGCCUGAUUCAACAGCAGGGGAUUUCCAUGAGUCUGGGCAGCUCGGAGUUGGUCGUGUGUAAAUUAUGUAAAUAUUAUGCUAAUUUAUUGUUAUCGCCACCGACUGAGAAAUCAAAAAAGGCCCAAUUUGUUAAGGACUACAAUCGAAGAUUGUACAAUUUACGUCAGCGAGCAGCGGAAGACCAGGAAGAACAGAAUGCGCGAGUACAAAAUGUUGAAACGACAGUCGUCAUUACUCCCCGACAUCAACUGUUGCAGCAGCACCAUCCGGUGCCCGUGGACAUAGUCAUUUCGGAUGGAGACGAGGAAGCGGCCGAAGCUGAGGAGGAGGAAGGUGACGAGAGUUCCGAAUCCCAGCAGCAAGACGAAACGCAAUAUCUGGGCAAUCUGUUUCCCAUCGGUGACAGUUCCGUUUCCUUGCGGCGUCGUGUGAGCAACAGGAAAUCGCCUGAGGUGACGAUUGUCGAGAACAACGGCGGUGCACGGAUGGGUGAUCUCGGCGAAAUCACCAUCAUACCGACGUCAAAGUCCGCUGUAAAUCAGUCGCAUCAACAGCGUGACGACAACAUCGAUAUGACAAAGGUACUCAAAUCGAACCCGAAUAUUUCGAUGCGUGAGCUGUUCCCGGGCGAAGAAGAGCUCGGCGUACACGUGAACAUCCCGUUCAGCUCAUCAUCGGCGCGCACUCCCGAGGGCUGGACGAAGGUCACUUCCACCAUCCAGUACGACGAUAGUACGCGCUCACUCUGGGAGGAACUGCAGAAACCUUACGGAAAUCAGUCGAGCUUUUUGCGCCACCUCAUUCUUCUUGAAAAGUACUUCCGCAAUGGGGACUUGGUGCUGUCGCCGCAAGCGAAGAACAACGCCACAACCUACUCAGAGGCAGUUCAGAAUCGGUUGCGAUCUUUCGACAACAUCCAGACGCCUAGCUCACCACCGGCACUAGCCUCGCUAACAUCGACCAAUUCUUCGUCAGCGGCGGCGGCUUCGCGAGAAAAGGCGAGUAACAUUUUCCAGCAAUUCAGCAGCGCCACUAUCACCAUCGUUCCGGCAACGAAAGCCCGUCCGAGGGCGGCGUCGAUGGCUCUCUCAAGUGGUUCCUCUGCCGUCGGUAAUAGCUCUGAGACCACACCGAUAUCACCACCGGCUCCCGUUAGCUUGCUUAAAUCCAACAAUAUGCACCUGACGAACAGUGGCAGUGAGCAUACGCCGAAACACAGCCUUAAACGAAAACUAUCGAUUGAAGCGAAGCUGUCGGGCAGUGGUGGCAAUUCUCACGGAGCAACCCCGGCUACAUCACCACCCGCCGCCACCAGUGGUGGUUCCGGGGUUGAAAAUCGAUCGAAGGUGGUUAAACUGGACGAUGCUAAAACACCGUCAUCCACCCCACCGGAGCUGAUCAGCAUCAAUCGAAAACCGAGCGUAACUAUUACCACCAUUCCGACGGCUACUUUGACCACGGCGGGACCUCCACCAUCGGCUGGUGUCCAGAAACAACAAUCACUGUUGAAUCCAUCACAGCAGUCGCUGCUACAAAAUACCCCCGUAUCGCAGAAGAAAGUGCCAGCUGGAACAACCAGUGGAACCACAACAGCGACGCCCAGUGUUCCUAACACUGCGCGCGAAAUCAUUCAAAUGCCGGAACAGUUGACGGAAGCGGAACGUCGUGAAUCGUCACCACGCAAUUGGCGACCAACGUUGCUCCCGAUAGCGCCCGGCGUUACGGAAAGCCUAAAAGUUGGUCCACUCUACCAAACUGCCGAUGGUCGACUAUUGCCGAUGCUGGUGCAGGUCAUGUCAGGUGGCAAAGCAUAUCACAUCUCGAUCGAAGACUACAACCGUAUGUGCAUCCUGCGACGUGAGAAACUGCUCCUACAGCAGCACAACAUGAUGCAGACGGCCACCAGGCGCCAGCCGCAACUCCCGCAACCAAAACAGGGCUCUGCAUCUCCAGCAAUCACCGUGGCACCACCGCCCCCAGCUCUGCGUUUGGUCACAUCGUCGGUGGAAAACAGCCUCACCAGCAGCACCGUCACCGCCAAUUCGCUGACAACGCCUCCCACCGGUAGUGGAAAGAUGGUGCAGCUGCCGAAUCAGCUACUGGAGCAAAACUCACUCAUUCCAAUUCUCGGCGGUAGUGGCGCCAACACCAACAAGGCGGCCUCCUCUGGCACCACAAACUCGCAGAAAAACAACAGCAGUAGUCUGACGGUAACCAUGACGACAACGGUCAACAACAACAGUCUUGCCAAGACGUCGACACUCGGUACGGCAGCGAUGAAAUCCUUGUCGCUCCCAAACAGUACGACCGUGUUACCGAUGAUGGUUACUGCAAACACAAUCUCACUACCUUCGUCAUCGGUGGGGGUAUCCUUGACCAGCUCCUUGUCCACUGGCGCUAGCGGUAUGACGACACAGGCCUCAUCCAGCAGUAAAUCCUCUGGCACAUCGUCGCUCCUGCUUUCGCAACCCGUAUCGUACAUGAGUGCGGCAAAUUGCAACAUGAUGGCCAUGAAUCCGUUCGAUCAGCUGCUCAAGGGUGGCAAUCUGGUGACCCAGGCGCAGCUGCAAGAGUUCGUGGCAGCCACGACGGCGGCCAACGGUGCCACCUCGCUGAUGGAAAACCCUGCGCAGUUGCUCUCCAAAAUACCAAAAUCAUUAACUGUGAUACCACAACAGAAACAAAGAUCAAUGUCGCGCGUUUCCUCGAAUGAGGACCAAAGCAGUGCCUAG